UAGAAAAGACAAGGGUGCUCUAAUCUCUCUCUCACUUCCUGUUUGGAACAACUCCAAAAUUACACUAGCCCUAUGUGUACAAGCCAUGAAGAAAACAACUUUAUACCACAAGAAAUCAUACACUAUCCUCAAAAACAAAUUCAAUACUACAAAUAUCAAAACUCUCAACUUUGCCCUGCAACUACAAACCCCAGUUGGUCUUCCUGUAUAAGAAAACACGUCUCUAAUGGAUCAUACAGAGAAGCAAUUGUUUUAUACAAUCAAAUCCGCAGCAAAGGAGUGUACUUUUUGGGAUUGAUCCCUUUAGUCCUUAAAGCAUGUGCUUAUGUUUCCGUGCUGAAUUGUGGGAAAUCUUUGCACAGUGAAGCAAUAAAGCAUGGAGUAGAUUCUAAUGUACGUAUUGGGACAUCAUUGGUUUCUAUGUAUGCAAAAUGUGGUGAUAUACCCGAUUCGCGUAAGCUGUUUGAGUAUAUGCCUGAGAGAAAUGUUGUGACAUGGAAUGCCAUGAUUAGUGGAUAUGGUAAGAAUGGGGACAUGAAAUCAGCAUCAGUUUUGUUUGACAAAAUGUCGACCAGAAAUGCGGUUUCUUGGAUUGAAAUGAUAGAUGGGUUUGCCAGAAGUGGAGAUAUGGUUGCCGCUAGGCGUACGUUCAAUGAGGUACCAUUUGAAUUGAAAAAUGUGGUGACUUGGACUGUGAUGAUUGAUGGGUAUGCGAGCAAAGGAGAGAUGGAAGCUGCAAGAUUGCUUUUUGAAGAGAUGCCACAGAGGAAUUUCUUUGUCUGGUCGUCCAUGAUUUCAGGGUAUUGUAAGAUAGGUAAUGUUAAGGAGGCGAGGGCUAUUUUUGAUCGCGUUCCAGUUAGGAACUUGGUGAACUGGAAUUCUUUGAUUUGUGGUUACUCGCAGAAUGGGUUUUGUGAGGAAGCUUUGGAUGCCUUUGGGAAGAUGCAAAAUGAGGGUUAUGAGCCUGAUGAAGUUACAGUUGUGGGUGUUUUAUCUGCUUGUGCCCAGUUGAGUCUACUGGAUGUUGGUAAAGAUGUGCAUAAGAUGAUAUGUGCGAAAGGGAUGAAGCUUAAUGAGUUUGUUGUGAAUGCGUUAGUGGAUAUGUAUGCGAAAUGUGGGGAUUUAACUGGUGCCCGAUUGAUCUUUGAACGAAUGACCAAUAAAAAUAAUGCCUGUUGGAAUUCUAUGAUAUCAGGCUUUGCCGUUCAUGGGAAAACCAAAGAGGCUCUAGAGUUCUUCGGGAGAAUGGAAGAGUCAAAUGAGAAGCCUGACGAAAUAACCUUUCUCUCUGUUCUCUCGGCUUGUGUUCAUGGGGGAUUUGUAGAAGUUGGUUUGGAAAUUUUUUCUAAGAUGGAGGGAUACGGGUUGUCAGCAAGUAUCAAGCACUAUGGCUGUCUGGUUGAUCUUUUGGGGCGAGCAGGAAGAAUACAGGAUGCUUAUCAUUUGAUCAAGAGUAUGCCAAUGAAACCAAAUGAUACGGUUUGGGGUGCUUUCCUUGGAGCUUGUCGAAUUCAUAUGGAUAAUGAUAUGGUGGAGCAGGUGGUAGAAGAUGUUUGCACAUCGGAUUCUAGUGUUGAUUCUGGAAAUGAUCCUCAUUAUGCUUUGUUGUUGAACAUAUAUGCUGGUUCUGGUAGCUGGGAGAAGGCUGGAAGGGUGAGUAUGGUCAUGGCGGAUAGAGGGCUUCAAAAGACUUCUGGACGCAGCUCACUUAUGCUUGAAAAUACAGAACAGUUUCAUAUCUGAUCUAGGUCACUGUUACCAUUAAAGAUUGAAUCUAUGGUCAACAGGAACCAGUAAAAUAUCUGGUUAGGCAUCUGGGUGAAGUCUCCAGUAACAUUGUUGCACUACCCUCUGUCACUAUAAAUAGGACAAAAGGAGGUUCACUUGAAGAAGAAUGUGGGCGAUAUAUGGCGAUUCUUCUGCUCUGCUUUUUUAUUAGAUAGGGACCCCAUCCCCUGGAUUCAUGACAGACUUGUGAAGGCAAGGGUUUGGCAAAUGGUUGUCAGUAGAAGAUGCAACAUAGCAGCUCUGGUGCUCUAUGCUGAAGUAUUCUGCUUGUGUAUGCAUCAAGCAACUUCCAGAUAACAUCAGGAGAGCUUUUCUUGAAGGUUUGAUCAAAUAGAUCAUUAGUUCAUUUUGUGUAAUAUAAUUCAGUUGUGCCUUAAAUGCACUCUUUUUUGUUGUAACCUCUACAGAGCUUUUCCCAAAGUUCCUUUGCGUAAGAUAAUAUGUGGAACUCAAUUGUUCUGUAAAUACACUAUUGUAACUGUUUUUCUUGUUGAAAAUUACAUUGUUGGUGAAAAAUGCUGACUGCUCCUUGGCUAUCUUCAAUCUAGAAAAGAACUUGCCUAGACAACUCGAAAGGAGUCUGCUAUCCUCUUCAGAUCCUGGUAGUGUCUCUUCCACUGAAGACCUGCAAAAAUUAUGUAAAGUAUAAUUUAGCUCAUAAUUUUUUAGCUUUAUAACAAGAUAUGCAUGGAUGUAGUAUUAUCUCCUCACCAUUCCCAGUGACAUUGAACAAGUAGAGGCGAUUUCCCGCUGCAGUUGCAGUGAUCAGUGCAUGAGGUGGCUCUAGCUCGUACUGGUAAUAUCUUCUUCCAGAAUGUUCUUCUACAUUCAUGCUUAGAACCUUCCCUUCUACAUUCUCUCCAAUUACUUCUGGACCAAAAGCGUUAAUUACUUUCUCUGGAGGUCCAAUUUGUUCGAUUGUAGCAUUUUCACCAAGAUCUGUAUAAAUCACAGGUUAACCGGAAUAAUUGAAAUCAUGGAGACUGCAUACUAGCAUGGUUGAGAGAGAAGGGGGUGGGGUGGGGGGAUGUUGAGUUAGGAAGCACCCAAUGGAAUGAAUGCUAAAGGGGUUGGAACUCACAAUCUGCAAAUCUGAGAACAGGAGCUACAAUGACAAAAAGGCGUCCUUCCUUGGAGCUGCCAAAUCUCAAAUCGAUUUCUGUGCCACCAAGAUCUGCUAUUGAUACUGGAACCUGUUAGCAAACAAGCUGAUUCAGUGAAAGCUUACAAACUAAAAACAAUAAUUUUAACCAGUUGAAAGACUUAAAUUUGAAGUAAGAAAUCUGGCGUUCAGUUCUUCAGAGUAGAAAGUCACCUCUUCCCAACCUUGAGGCACAGAAAAAAGAUAAGGGAUGAUUGGACUCCAUCCAACACCAUGCCCCCCAGACUUGUCAUCUGGCCUGCGGUAUGUCCUCCAACCUGUCUGAGCAUGUUUUGCAUAACGAAAUUUACCAUUCACACACAAUCAAGAAAGGAUGGAAGAAAUGCAGCUCAAAGGAGUUUUGUUAAUUUAGCAUUCUUUGUAUGGCUUCAUGCUACGUGUGGAAUUUACCCGAGAUGCUAAAUUUGAAUUUGGGACUGCAGGUUAUAUUACAUAUGCUCAAUUCAAUUAACCUUAUUACCAA